UAAAGUAUGAGUGAGAGUGGAGAUCGCUUGAGUGUGUUUGAGGCUGGACUGCAGAGAGACAACAGAGAGGCGCGCUGACUCCAAAAGCACAAGUGGAUGGAAAGAGCCCAAUGCAAUGGAGAAACUGAACCGCGGUGCAGAUAUCGGUGCCCUAUAAACUCAGGAAGGAGAGAAGAGAUGCUUGCAUGAGACAAGAGGGAAUGAAGAGUAGGAUAACGAGUUUUAAUGAAGAGUUGAGAUUAUUUUCCAAAAUGGCACGGAUUUGCUCCAAUGCAAAUGCGAAUUUUGCAAAGAUGACAUAGCACUUGAGAAAAUGGGAAUCCUCCAGGAUCAGAACUCACUCACGACCUGAAUGAAAAGAGAAAAAGGGAUUCUAUUCAAAUCGGAAUUUAGUUUUGCUUUGUCUUCUUUUGCGUGACAAGCCUCGGUUGUGAGUGAAAUAUGAAUCUGGGCAAAGCACUUCUGUUUUUCCUGCUCUCAAAUUGUGUGACAAUGACUUUGUCGCUAUCCACUUGCACCACUGUGGACAUCGACCACAUUAAGAAAAAGAGAGUAGAGGCUGUCCGGGGGCAGAUUCUCAGUAAACUCCGGCUGACCAGUCCGCCUCAAACAACAGAUUCAAAUCAAGUGUCGUAUCAGGUUCUGGCCCUUUAUAACAGCACCAAGGAGCUCAUUGAGGAGCUGGGAAGAGACAGACAGCAGAGCUGCGGACAGGAUAACACGGAGACUGAGUACUAUGCCAAAGAGAUUUACAAGUUCAACAUGAUGACUGGUUCACCAGAAAACAAUGACCUCCAAUACUGCCCUAAGGGUAUCACCUCCAAGUUAUUCCGCUUCAACGUAUCUGCCAUGGAGAAGAACUCCACCAACUUGUUCCGAGCCGAGUUUCGAGCCCUGCGGAUCCCCAACCUCGGCGCCAAGAGAAACGAGCAGAGAAUUGAGCUCUACCAGAUCCUCCAGAAAGACGACCCCAAAGCCAAACAGCGCUACAUCGGGGGCAAGAACGUCCUGACCAAGGGAACGGAAGAGUGGGUCUCCUUUGAUGUUACGGAGACAGUGAGGGAGUGGCUGAUGUACCGACAGACCAAUCUUGGCCUGGAGAUCAGUGUGCAUUGUCCCUGCCACACUUUCAGGCCCAAUGGUGACAUUAUUGAGAAUGCCAAUGAGGUGCUGGAGGUCAAGUUCAAAGGUUGGGACUAUGAUGAACUGAGCCGUGUGAAAAAGCCAAAGGAGCUGCCCCACCUCAUCCUCAUGAUGCUCCCUUCCCACAGGCUGGAUGCCCAAUCCUCCUCCCGCAGGCGCAAGCGGGCACUUGACACCAAUUACUGCUUCAACAAUUAUGAGGAGAACUGCUGUGUGCGACCACUAUACAUUAAUUUCCGGCAGGAUUUGGGCUGGAGGUGGAUCCAUCAGCCUGAAGGGUACUAUGCUAACUUCUGCUCUGGUCCCUGUCCUUACCUACGCAGUGCAGACACCACCCAUAGCUCGCUGCUGAGCCUGUACAACACGUUGAACCCAGAAGCAUCUGCAUCACCCUGCUGUGUUCCUCAGGACUUGGAGCCUCUCACCAUCCUCUACUAUGUGGGUCGCUACCCUAAAGUCGAGCAGCUCUCCAAUAUGGUGGUCAAGUCCUGCAAAUGCAGCUAGGCUCCAAGGCCAGGCGAGACACAUGGGACGUGUUGGCACAGAGCACUACUCAGGAGCGGGUAUAGGGGGGGCUAGAGGGGGGCACGUAUGGUACAGUUUGUCCUCCACGAGCACCUCCAACCCCUGCUUUAGCCUUGGCCGAACUCUCUCUCGAAAAACAAAGAUGCAGUCCACCACUCUCCUCUAAUAUCAUCGGCAGCAUUUACCCAGAAGACUUGUCAAACACCACUUUACUAACGCUCUCAAACCCAUCAGACCUCUUCAAGCCUUGUUUUUCAUGUUUUGUUUUGUUUUUGUUUUUUUUUUUAACUUCCAGCAUUUUGAAAGGCCUGUACCUCGGUGUUGCAUAACGUUUCAUAAUGCCCAAUUAAAAAUGAGCAGAACAAUAGUUGUCAAUAGACAUCAAGUAUUUGCAGUAAGGAAAAAAAAGAGAAAAUAGCUGAGAAUGCAGACUGAACUCGCUUGAUAGGAAUACAUCAAAGAGGGUGAAACAAAAAAUAACAGUUUGUUGAGGACAAACACAUCACACAGGACACCUUCGACCAUCUCAGCUGGAAACUGACGCUGUGCACGCCACAGCUCCCAACACUGUUCAGGAUUAAAUGCUGUUGAAUAAAAAUGACCUUAGGAACAAAAUAAAAACAUGCUGGAAACCAACCUUUAUUUCAAAGUAGUAUUUCCAUGGAUAUGUUUACCUCUGUAAUACAACAGGAUGGUGAUUCCAGGGAUCUUUUUUUCUGUUUUAAAGUGAAGCCUUUCUGUUGUAUGAGACGAUGUAUGUCACUAAGUGAACACUUAAAUAGAUCACAAACUGUAAAUGUUUUCCUUAUUACUCUUGGAAACACUUUUUUUAAUUAAAAAAUGGACAGUUGGGUAGAA